AUGUUGUUUCGGUGUGGUGGGAUCUUGGUACGCGUCACGGGCCUGCGUGCUUGCCCAUUUCGCAGAGUUCACGAUCUUCUAUUAGAAAACUGCACUUUACCGUCGUCGAGGCCGUCCGGAGAGUCUAUUAUACGUACUCUCCGGCAAUACCUACAAAAUCUCGGCAGGGUAGGAUCAUGCAACGCGUACUUUGACCUGAACCAGUUUUCAAGCAUCAAGCUUGGCGCCUUUCGAUCUUUACUCCACUCAAGCGGCAUAUCUCUCAUCGACUGCCCUCACAAUCGUGGCAAAGACGUCGUCGACAAAAGGAUAAUCGUGGACAUUUGUGUUUGGGCCUGGGAUAACCCACCGCCAGCCACAGUCAUCCUCAUUGUCGGCGACAAAGAUUAUGUGCAUCUGGCGUCCAUACUGUCCAUGCGCGGGUACCAUGUCAUCCUCAUCGCUCCACCACAGGCGCAUGAGUGCUUACAGGAUGCCCAGGCAGCUGAAGUGCUGACAUGGCCAGAGGAUUUCAUCGUGAGCAUAGUCAAGUCCUCUGAGGAUCGUUCAUGGGUCUCACUCCUUCAUCACGAUGCAGCCGGUGCAGAAGCCUCCGACUAA